AUGGCAGCCGGUACCACGCGCUACGAGCCACUCGACAUUGAUGAGGAUGGCGUAAAAUAUCCUAAGCCGUCGCUACCACGGUCGGUGUUCCUAGCGCCGCGGACGAGGAGCGAUUGGAUCUUUGUGGCGGCCAAUGCGAGCAUGUUUCUCAUCACAGCGCUCUUCUGGUUGUCCGGACCCAAGAGCGCCCUGUCAGAGCUGGAGUGCGCCAACGUAGCGUCUUCAUACUCGCCGGCGCUUCCCUCGUUGCACUUCUGGGAGGGGAACUUCGAUAAUGAUUUCAAGCACGAGAGCAUCUAUCGCGGGCCGCCGACAAGGGAACUAGAGAAGGCGUGGGACGACCUAUGGCAUCACCAAGGUGUUGGCGUAUCGCAGCAGGGAUUGGUCGCUAUGAACAAGACUCAUGGCAACUAUCUGCACACCAAUAGGAGUACCGCGGCAAACCCAGAAUAUUACGCGUUGAACAUCAUACGCCAAGCGACGUGGCCGAUGGCCCUAUACGACAAGAGUUGGGGGGAGGAGCUCCAGCCGAUGAACGUGUCGAAUAGCCAGGGCCGCGCGCACGUCGACCACUGCGUCGAGACGUUGCGGCUAUCGCUCAUGUGCUUCGGCGACGUGACACCGAUGCUGCUGCUGACCGAGGACGGGACGCUCAACACCAGCACGGCCGACUUUAACGUGCACCACAAGUGCCGUAGCUACGAUCAGAUCCGGGACUUUGUGGAUGCGUCGGGGGUUGAUCCUAUCGGCUAG